GUGGGAAACGGGAGACCAGGAGAAAGAAAAAGUGGCUGGCGCUCCUUGGUCUUCCUUGAGAUCCCGAUUAGCUAUGUCUUGGUUCCGUCAGAAUAAUAUCCAGAUCGCAAGCGCUUUUGGAUGGACUCGCGAUGGAUAGGCACAUAUUUAGCGGGAGUUGGAUGGACAUCAUCAGCUCAUACUCUUGUAUGUACAUACGUAUAUAUGGAUGUAUGCACCAGAGUGAUCGUCAUCUCUGGCAGAUCGAAUGGGGUCAGAUCCGAUGUCAUGGCACGAAACAAGGGCACUACCGGGUGGACGGGCGCGUCUCUUUGGGCCUCUUGUCUUUCUGAUGCCAACAUAUCGGUCUUUCCAGGCCUCUGUUUCACAUCUCCUUGUCACCAUCGACGAGUGUUUGAUGAGGGUCUGGCGGGACUCGCAAGACUGCGACCUAUAUCAUGCAGGGUAAUUAAUAUAUACAUAGUAAGGCUGGGUGGUAUCGGCUGGCACCCCCCGGUCAACGAGGGCCGUGUCUUGCCAUCGACCCGAAGGCAUCCAGAUGCCCGUGUCCCCUUCAUUUCCUCAUUCCCAUUCCGGACUCUCGGAACUUCGCCUUGGGCUUGUUGCGCUGCUGCUUCAGUCCUUCACCCGUUCGUCUGUCUGUCUGGAUCACAGCCUCUCGGGUUUCUCCCCUCUUCUACCAUACCCCCCCGCUCCGUCAGCUCCGUUCCCCAUCACUUCUUUGCCUUGACUCUCUGGCGGUUGCAGUCUAGUUGCUGCGAUGUUGCAGAAAGCAGGUGUUCCAAACAGAAAUCCGUCAGUUCGGACGUGUUGUGCUCGAGCCACAUCUCCAACACCACCUCACCUCAUACGGUCACUUGCUUCUGCUUCUGCUUCUUGCCUUGCCUUGCGUCGCAAGUCUUGUUCUCUGAGCCAAUCGGCUUCUUCCACACUCUUUUGGGUCUUCUGCUGAUACCACUCUCUUCUUCUUUUGCUUCCUAACGCACGGUCUGGUUGCCUGUUCUUCGUCUUUCUUGGGCUACAGACUGGUUGCCCUUCUGCAUUCAACAGACAUCGAAAUCAGCCCGUAGCUUCUGUCCUGUGUCCCGCUGCUCAUUCCUGGAACCUGGAUUUCAACAAGAGAACCUGGUACAUUUGGCGUACCUAAUAAAAUCCAAGCUAUCAUCACGACUGUUCGGAGGACUCACCCUUCCCAUAUUUUCGGCCCUCCUUUCCUCGGCGCCCUCGACACGCUGACCUACUUACCUGCAAGGCUGUGCCUGAUCGACGACUUCAGACGUCACCUCCUUUACACCAAGUAACGGCGUACCUACGGAGUCCCUGCGUCUCCCCGUCCGUCCCACAAAGCUGAAACACCAUUGGUCUUCUGGGGGCACACAGCAUCUGGUCGUACUCUACCAUCAUCAACUCACCUC